AUGAACGCGGCACCUGAGGGCUCGAGCGGCGAGAACGCGCCGAAGGAGCUGGCGAAUAUCACCUUCGAGAGCUUCUCGGGUGUGCUCCACGCCCAGGCCGCGAAGCUGAGCAAGGUGCUGUGCGACAUGCAGCAGCAAAAGGUGAAACACAAGGAGCUCACCCCUGGCAGCGCGGAGGAGCACCGCGAGGCCAACCUGAUGACCCUCAACUACCACAACGGCAGGAUCGACGCCAUCGUUACGGAGGUGUUGAAGAUCCAGGGCCUGCUGCUCGAGAAAACCUCCGUUCGUGGCUACCCAUCGUCGGCAGGGGGCGCGGGCGUCGACGGCGGCGCGGAGGAGCUCGAGCCCGCUGCUGCGCCCCUCGCGGUCGACAUCGGCCAGGCCUCGAAGUCCGACGGGGCGACGUGGAAGGACGACAAGGCGUCGUGGACAAAGGGCUGGGUGGAGCACGACCCGAGCAAGUGGAUAUCGCCAGAAUUGUGGGCGGCCUUCGACGCGAACGACCCAGCCACGUGGGCGCCCUUCGGCCGCGUGGACUACGACGUCGAACCGUCGGAGCUCGAGGUGGACGGGGUGCUCGACAUGGUGAAGAGGGGCUUCAACAUCGACGUGUGA